CACGCCCUUUGACUUGUGAAGGGGGAAAAGUUUUAAGGACAGAAAAAAAAACCUAAAUCACGGAAGAGAUUCUGCAGUCCUACUAGUUUGGCAAGUUCUCUGGGGCUCAAAGCGGCGUAGAAAGGCGGAGAAGAGGGCAGAAACUCAAACUUGCGCACAUUUAUACACUUCUCUUGUCCCGCAGACGGUAAACGAGAGGAGUCAUGGAGAACGCCAUUCAGAGCCUGGUGAAGGUCUACUUGAAGUCGACCAAGGGGAAAGAGUACCUAGGGAAGAAAGAGUUCCAGAACCUCGUCACGAACCAGCUGGGCAACAUCCUUUCGGACUCAGACAGCAACGAGGCGGUCAACAACAUGGCCCAGGGCCUGGAUGCCAACCAGGACGGCAAGGUCGGCUUUCAGGAGUACAUGAAGCUGAUCGGCUACCUGGCGGUUUCACUGAGCGAGCAGCGCAACCAGAACGCCGCGUCCGGACAAGUGACGCAAAGCACCCCCGGAAAAGAGGACGAGAAGCCAGAUUCGAACGAGGAAGUGAAGCCAGAGGCGAACGAAGAGCCAAAGGCCGAGGCGACCGCAGAAGCCAAGGUAGAAGCAAACGCGGAUGCGAAGGUGGAAGUGAAGGCCGAGGCGGCAAAGGAGGAGCCGGCGGAGGCGGCGGCAGCAGUGGUGGUGGAGGCGACAACGGAGGUGGUAGAGGUGUCUGAGAAAGAAGAGGUGGAAACGGUAGUGGAGGAAGUUGCCCCCGAGAAGCCUCCUGCAGCUGCGGAGGAAGAAGUAGAGAAGACAGAUGAGGCGGCCUCAUAGGGGACAGUCCAUUCCUUCACAGAAAAAUCACACUACACUCUUAAAUUCAACACUACACACUUUCAAUGAUGCCAAAAUGAGUUGGAAAGCCACUAAUGUUUCUUUCUUGUUUGUUUUAAAAAAAAAAAACACUUUGACACAAACACUACAAACCCAGCUCUGAAUACAAACGCCAUUCCUUAUAUAUGACGAAUGAUUAAUGACAGUAGGAUUAUUGCUAUGUACUACUAUAGUUACCACUAUGUUCAUAUGUACAGCAUGUGCAUCCCACUAUUUAGCACAUUUACCUCAUUAUGAUAAUAUACUAUGAUAGCAUGCAGACGUAGACUAUCAUGUCCAUGCCAUACCCUGUGAAAACUUUAUUGCACACUUGACCAAAGUUUCUAUCUGUUUUAACGCAUCACUACAUGCAAGAAGUUUGGUUUAAAUCCAAACUUUUCCCCCAGUUUCAUCUGGGCCACAGUUGCGACAUGCAGCCUUACAUCACAGUACAGUCCUUUGGGUUCUUGGUGAAACAUCUUGGGAGGCACUAAUGGCUUAAGAGAAUUGUUUGACAUUCUGUUAGCCGGGAGGAGGGAAACUGCUAGCUUGGCUCUGUGAAAAGGUAACGAUUAUAAAAAAAAAAAAAACAUAGUCUGCUAUCCUCCUCGAAGCUCACUAAUCCUACCAGUCUGUUUUUGUCGUGAAAACAAAGUGAAUUAGUGAUAUCAUGAAUUAAUUAGCGAGCUUCCGAGGGAUUUGGUGGUGGAAAGAGCCAGGCUAGCCGUUUUUCCUGAGCCAGCACGAGCAUUUCUUAAAAAAAAAAAAAAAAGUCAAACUGCUCCUUUAACGGGUGCAUGAGAAUCUGACGCUAAACUUUUUUUUUUUAUUAUUUUAUUUUACAUUCUCACCUUUUUGCUAUGGAGCUGAUUUAGCAUGACAAUAAACGAACUGUUUUGCUGAAGCUUUGCAUUUCUUCUGCUCACCUCAAUGUGUCCUCGGUACCCCCAUCACACCCUCUUCUUCUUCUUCUUCUUCCUUCUCUUUCUAGCCUUCUUUAUGGGCUCUCUGUCUCUUUCUCUGAGGCGGCCGUGAAUUAAGACCUGGAAGAUCAGGUGUGAGCCUCGGCUAAAUAAUUAAACUUCGAGAACGGAAUCCACACCAAAGGACCCUUAUGGUCAAAAGGGGGCCCGAAAUAACUCCUAUGGGAGACGACUGGUGACCAGGCGAGCUGGUCAGAGAAGGUGUUCAUGCAACCGAAUCCACCUGGAUUAGAGGCGAACGAUAACAAAACGCCAAGAAGUAGAGAAAUCCGUUACAGGUGUCACUUGGGUGGACAUGACAUUUUCAGUCAGCGCCUGCGUUAUUGUGCAUUCAAAACAAUGCCAGGGUUGUACUUGUUGACCCUUAGGUGUUAUCUGCAUUGACCCCUGGUAGCACUGGGUAGAUGGAAGGGAUAAGAGCAACCCUCUGCAGAAAGUCUGUCUUUAACAAAGCUCGUUGUUUACUCGCCAGGUGUUCAGACUUGCGUGUUUGUUUGUCGGUCACGCCCUCGCACAGUUUAAAGACCCCGUAUGACCUGCAACUGGAUCCUUGUGUACCAAGGCAUUUUGGGAAACUACUGGAUUAGGGAUUUGAUGGGUAACACACCCUGGGACACAAAACAAUUACAUGAAAGCAAUCCCGGGCUCUGGUGAACCUGCCCAUCAGACGAGGUGUCAAAGGGAUCGUUGUCAGAUCGUUGCUUCUUUUUUUUUAAUUAUCGUUAUUAUUUUAUUUUAAAGCCAAAAAAAAAAGAAUACUGAGCCAUCUAUAUGAAUUAUGUUUGUGGUGUGACCUUUUACAGCAGGCUAAUAAUAAUAAUGUGUUGCAUGCUAUCAGAAAACUAUUUUGCUAUAUAUUACCAGUGUAUUACCAUUAUCAUGGCCAUUAUUUAAGUUCUACUCGGCCCCUUUAUAUUUAUCUUUUAAACCUAUAUCUAACCACUAUGGAGAUCACUUGAAGCUGUACUUCUUUGACACAUUAUAUGCAAUUUGUUAAUUACAUUUUAAUGAUUUGUAAAUUGUCUCAUCAUCAAUAAUGCAGCCGUGAGAAAGGAAAACAAAAAGGCUUGAAUUGCGGGGCCCGCUCUGCAAUAGGUGUGCGUGUGGCCAGCUGCAUGGUGCUUAAGGCACACACAUUUUUGGGUACACUACCAAAUGUGCACCAUUUUUUUCACUGCUGGAGCACCUGGCACUUCAAACCGCCUGAGAGCAAAAUGGGCAAGACAAAUAAGCUUGAGUCACGUGACCGCUGUGACACUCCCAUUGUAAAUACUGUCAUUUACGCUCACCCUGCUCGGCUUUCAUACUCACAAUGUUUCCUGCAUCAUUACUAACACUUACUAACAAGUACAUACACAUCCUGGGCUUUUUGGACUAUAAUAUUUGCUUUAUUAAAAUCAUUUUAUGUCCUAAUACUUUUUUUUUUUUUUGGUACUUCUUCCUGCAAAGAACUGAAAGAUCAAGUCUCUUGCCCGGAGCAAAAUUCAUUUAAUUUGCGCAAACAUUCCGAUAUUUUAUGUAAACAGACUUGGAUUAAACAUCAUCCGGGGAUUAGUCUAUCACAAAUAAUCCCGUGUUUGAGCCUGGUUGGAAUGGCACCCGGACGGCUUUCUAACAAAGACCCGUAGCGCAAACCCCACCCAGCCUUAACUGAUUUAGAUUAAAAACAUGCCGGGGCCGAGCACAGCAGGGAGCGCUUGCGGCCAGGUUCCGGUCACCUCAUCAUGAGUCUCGUUCGAUCUGAGAUACAGUGGAUGAAGAUAAAAAAGUUAAGAAUCCUGUGUGAGUGGCUGUGCUGGUGUGCGCCUUCGAGGCCCCGCCGGCUCAAAAUGUUUGUGAUUAUGGGACUGUUCCCAGGAUAUCGUGCGGGAUUUCAUCACUGUGCUCUUGUUUAUUUCCUGCCGAGUGAAAUCGGGUAUGCGAGUGCUCAGCGGUUGGACUCGUUUCAGUCCCCUGUCAUGUCCAAUAAACUUCAUAAUUCCAAUACUUCGACUUAUGUAAUGCUGUAUCAUUUUGCUUACUCUAUGUAAUGGCUAAUAUUGAAUAAAACUGUGACAAUGGCA